AUGCAGUCUGUAGCUGGAAAUCAGAAUCUGCCGGUGGUCAUGGCAAGACGUGCCGGCAUCAUUCUGUACAUUCUGGACUCUAUCGACCAGGGUCGAGCAGAUCACAGUGCCGCCUUCGCCAUAAAAGCAAACUCGAAAACACAGCAGGAUCACUUUCUGUUCAAAGCCGCUCACGAAAGCCGUAUCCGUGUUUUCGAAGCCGGGUAUGGUGCUUACGAAGUGACAGAUCUUCGUGGAUAUCUUUUCAAUGCUAUCAGUCAGGAGAGUGUCUGGGCCGUCGGACAUGAUCGCACCGAAGACGAAUGUAUCAGCGAGCUCUUCCGUCGAGGCAGUAGCUUGUUGAGGCCGGACUAUGUAGACCAACUCAGGGCUCACCUAGCAAGCAACAAACCUCCGGCGUUGAAAUCCGCGAUGCCUAAAUUCCCAUCGACUCCUAAAACAACUCCUGAGAAAGCGCUUGAGGAUGCGGAAGCCAAGAAAGGCAAAGGGAAGGGCGUUGGAGCUGAAAGAGGUGAUCAUGUUGCGGAGAGAGUUGAUGAGCCAGUAGCUGAGGCUGUAUCUACUGGCAAGAUACGUGUUACAAGAAAUCGAAGCAAAAAGGCUGCAGAAGAGGCAGAUUUACAACACAGUGACGCCAACACCAAGAAGCCAAGAGCGGCUGUAGGAGACCCACCUGACAACGAAGACGAUGAUGAUGAGAUCGUGACGGCGGAACCGAAUCGGGAAGUCACGCAUGGCGGUGAUUCCACGUCCGAAGUGGUCGCUACAGAGAACAGCAAAGCGAACACCAACACGAAGAAGGCCGGUCAGCCAUCAAAGGCAAAACAUAACAAAGUCCUCCGUGAUCAACCUGAUCGCGACAAACGCCAUCAUCACUCCAAGGGCCACGAGAAACGACCUCCAACUAAGGCUCAAACAGCCAAAGGCCCAUCUGCAAAGCGAGGUAGGCUGGGGAGUGAUGCUGCACCAAAGUCGAAGAAGCCGAGAUCGACCGCAAAGCCUAAUCAACCUCCUGUGAGGGCAUCAUCCUCAGGAGUCUCCCAACCUGUCAGCGGUGAUCACGAUAGACCGAGUGGGCAGUCCGAAAGAUUACACGAUGAGGCUGUAGAUCACUUCAUCAAAGGGAUCCGACGCWUGCACGUCAAGAUCACAGCUGCAACAAACGCAUUGUUCAUCAACCACCCAAAUCCAACCGACAUGUGCCGCUUCCCCGAUUUCCCUGGUCCAGCUUUGGAACCACUCUACAUCAGAGUUCUCCGCGGAGGUCUUGACAGAAAUUGGAAGGCUAGAGCAGUAAAUCUCCAACAACGUAGAGUUCUCCAACCCAGGCCCUUCUUCAAAGCUCWCAUCUGGGCUUUCCUCUGCAUUCACAUAUUCGACCAACAGGAAGUGCCUUACGAUGCACCGCACAAAUAUGAUGCAUCCGAUGAAGCAGAAUAUGUUCGCGCAAGUCUGCAGGAAAGGACUCAUUUGAUGUUGUUUGACGUGCUCCAUAGAGCCUCACGGAUACAGUUGGAGGCCCAGAAGUUCAUCAACGAGGUCUUGACUCCCCUGGCAAACGACAUGGCCGCCGACUUGCUACUUGCGAUUAAUCCGCACAUCGAGGUGAUGUCUCCGAUAGACACUCCGACAGCGUUGAGAUUGGCUCUACCCACGGCGUUGAAUGACAUCUGCAGCGACGCAUUUCUUCUUCUUGCAAGGAUGAAGGGUGAGAAGGACGAGUACGAAGUGAAAAUGUGGGCAGAUUGUGCUAUAGAUAUGACUUACAUGGUCGCAGACGAGGAUUCUCCAGAGAUUGGCGGACAUGUUGCUUUUACGACUAUGCCUGCGAUGUUACAGCUGGAACAAAUGGUCUCCGGAGGCCAAGUGAUGCUGAUCCAAAGACAUAAGGAAACCGAUGCAGAACCAGAACCUGUCAGCAUUAGUUCAGACGGGAGCGAUUCAACACCCGACGUUUCAGCUGAGAACGCGGAGAAGGCGGCACGCAUCAAGAAGAAAAGCAGAAAGGCUGCCAAGCUGCCCGCUGCCACAACUGCCGCUGAGAGACAAGAUGUGCCCAACGAUGGUGACGAUGAUGAACAUGGUUCGCGCAACGCCGCGGAAAGAGGUGAGCAAGAGAAGGGCCUUCUCGAUGGUGUGGAUGCAAUGGAGGAAAUGGAAGCUCGCAACAACGGAGAAGCACUCGAGCAAAACGAAAGCCCAGCUCAAGAUGUUACCAGCGACCCACCCCUGAGUCCUCCCAAGAAUGUCCCAAGCCCUGAACGGCCAACUCACAUGGAAGCAGACAGUUCGCAUUCUGCAAGUGAAUGGGUCUCUGCAAAUGCAAGCCCACCACACCCCAAGAAACGCGUCGCCUCGUCCGACAAAGUCAAGGAUCGUUUGGUGAGGCAUGGAGGUGAAUCGCAAGGUGAGAGUCCAGAACGUCCGCCACAUCCCGAAAGCCACCAGAAGAAGCGCAUGCAUUCCUCGGCGUUUGAUGACACAGGUGCUGAUGGCAGCGAAGAAGAUGACCAACCACCGGGCGACACCAUUGUUGUCGCACAAGUUCGACAUGGCUCCCAUGCUCCGCAGAUCGAGGACACAUCCGUCAAAGUUGGAGAUAAAGGGCUCUCCCCUUCUUCCAAGGGUGCGAAGCCUUUGGGUGUCGUCAAGAAGAGCAAGGCGGUGCGUCGACAUGCAGGUACUGGUGGGGAUGGAAAGGUGCACGAAAAGAAGAACAAGAAAGUCAGUACUCACAAGCCCCUGAAGAAUCGUGGGCCUGUUUUGAAGAAAGCACGCGUUCGAAGAGUUUAUUCCUCCGAUGAGGCGCAGGAAGUUUUGCAGUUGAUGGCUCAAGGAAAGGCAAAGGAAGUUGUUGCUCGAAAUCGCGAGAAACAUCGUCGACCUGUUUUGAAGAAAGCACAUGUUCGGAGAGUGGUGGAUUCUUCUGAUGAUGCGCAGGAAAAUGUGCAGUUGAUGGCUCAAGAGAAGGAAAAGGAAGUUGUUGAUCGCAAGAGCGAGAAACAUCGCGGACCUGUUGUGAAGAAAGCACAUGUUCGGAGAGUGGUGGAUUCCUCCGAUGAGGUGCGGUCCGAAGAGGAGUAUCUUGGUAGUGACGAGAUGGAUCUUUCUGACGGGGUGGGUGGGAGGGGAAGCGUGAAGGGACACGCAGGUGCAGCGACUCCAGAAGCGAGUGAUGGUGAUGUCUACGACGAGGAGGAGGAAGAAGAGGAGGACAAUGAGAGUGAUUGA